AUGGUGGAUUGGGGGUCUCACAUCGAUUAUAGAAGAGAACAAGUGCCAACGAGGAUGCUGUGCCCUGAAAGAGGGUGGUUCGCGUCUCUACCGGCCUCGACGCAGCCGAAUCGGCUCUACGUUCACUCAGGGACCUCUCAUGGAGCCACCAGCAAUAUUGCAUCACUCCUUGCCAAAGGCUAUCCACAGCGAACGAUUUUCGAGAAUGUCCACGAUGCCGGAUUGUCCUUCGGAAUCUACUACCAGAACAUUCCGUCCACGAUGUUCUACCGGAAUCUACGAAAACUGAAAUACCUGAACAAAUUUCACCUAUUCGGUCGGUUCAAGCAGGACGCAAGGCAAGGGAAAUUGCCGAACUACGUGGUGUUGGAGCCACGGUACUUUGAUCUGCCGCGGGAGCCGGGGAAUGAUGAUCAUCCAUCGCACGAUGUGUACCAAGGACAGAUGUUCGUGAAGGAGGUUUACGAGACGCUCAGAGCAUCGCCGCAGUGGAAUGAAACUCUAUUCAUCAUCACCUACGAUGAGCACGGCGGAUACUACGACCACGUUCCGACGCCGGUGAUUUCUCUGGCCGAUUAUCGAAAUCCAACAGCUCUCGUCUCCGAUUUUGCGGUUUUCGACAGGUGGUUCGCGUCGGCACCGACAUCGAUGUUGCCGAAUCGGCUCUACAUUCACACAGGAACCUCUGCCGGAGCCACGAGUAACAUUCCGCCAUUCCUUGGCAAAGGCUAUCCACAGCGAACAAUCUUCGAGAAUCUCGACGAUGCCAGAAUGUCCUUUGGAAUCUACUUCCAGAACCUUCCACCGACGUUGGCCUACGGAAACCUAUGGAAACUAAAAUACAUAAGGAAAUUUCAUUUGUUUGAUCUAGACUUCAAGCGGCAUGCAAAUUAG